AUGAAAUCUUAUCAUAUUAAUUUCCAGAUCCCCCAUGGAUUAAUUAUAAAUUAUAGAAUGAAUAUUUAUGUAAUAUUCAUAUACACAUUUAUAUUAUUUGUUGUUAAAUCUUCUUUAUGUUAUGAUCGAUAUCCUAGAUAUUCAACUCCAGAUGAUGAUACUGAUGAUGAUGAUAACUUUGAUGUAACACAAUCCGGACAACCAAUUCAACCACAACCCGAUCAACAACAUAUACCUGUAUAUUAUGGAGGACAUACUUAUCCACCUGUACAACCACAACCACAUUAUCCUCAUCCACAACAACCUCUACAACAGUAUAUACUUCCUCAACCAUAUUAUACACAACAACCAUAUUAUCCCGGACCACCUACACAUCCAUUUCAACCUAUACUAGGACCUUAUCAACCUCCAUAUCAAACUGUACAAGGACCACAUCCACAACAACCUAUAAUAUUACCUCAACCUCCACCUCAUCCACAACCAUAUUAUCCAGGAUAUGUACCAUUACCACCUACACAUCCACCAUAUCAGCCUCCACAAUAUGGUCCUUAUCAACAAGGAUAUCCUCCAUAUCAACCAACACUGCAACAACCUGUACAAGAAACUCAACCAACACAUCCAGGAUAUCAACCUACACAACAACAACAACAACUCACUGAACCUACUCAACAUCCACAACAGCCACAACCAUAUUAUGGACCACCUCCUCAACCACCACUAGUUCUACCUUAUCAGCCUCCACAAGCACAACCAGAGCCACCACAGUAUCCAGGAUACUACCCAUAUCAACCAUAUCAACAUCCAAUUCAACCUUCUCGUAUACAACCUCCAGAACAACCUACUGAUUACGAUCCAUAUCAUCCAUAUCAACCCUAUUAUCCAACUCAACCUACUACACAACCAUAUGGACCUACUACUCAUUCAGGACUUGAACCUACACCAAUAAGAGAACCUUCAGAAAUACUUAAAGAAUAUGAUCAAUUAGCAGAUAAAUUAACUUCUGCUGCAAAAGAUAAAGUAUUAAAAAAACAAAAAGAAUUGGACUUUAUAAAAUUCUAUAAAAAAACUAAAAAAGGCGACUUGGUUCCAAUGGCUGAAAAUGAUUUCAAAAUAUUAUUUACCAAUAUGUUUGUGACUAAAUAUUUAUUUAAAGCAAACGUUGAACAACUAAUUUUUAACGAUGAUACAGUUUAUAUUCAUAAACCUGGAAAACCAUAUUGUACAUCAUUAACUUACAACAAAAAAAGUAAAUUUUUUGCCAUUAAUCUUGAAGAUGGUUCAUUUCUUUAUAUUAAUAAACGUAAAGGUCAGUGGAGAACAUUUGCAAUGAAAGUUGAGGAUUAUAUUAAACUGUAUACUCAUGAUUCACAAGGAAAUGACCUGUUGUUGAGUAGUGAACACUAUUAUAUUGAUAUAGCAAGCAAAGGUUCAUUUAAAUAUACAUUUAAAAAAGGAGUAUACUGUACUAAAAUCAUAUUUAAUCAAAAGUUAGUUUGGGAAAAAACUGAUGAUGAACCAUUUCCAAAUGCAGUAUCUGUUACAUCCAAAACGAAUGUAGUUAUACAUUAUGAUAAUUAUGUUUCGGUAUAUUCUAUUGUUAGAGGACAAUUUAAGGGAUUAUAUAUUAAACCAAUAAAGAAGGUUUUAAUGAAUAUUAAAUAA